AUGCCUCGUAAAGUUAGAAGAGAAACUCGCAGAAUUUCUAAAGAACGUUUGGAUCGAGGAAAGAAACGGAAGAACGUUUUUAAUCCGAAAACCGUGGAAUAUGAUGAGAGCAGUUUCAGCGCCUCAGCAAAAAAAUUUAAAGCGCAAGAGGAAAUGUGUGUAACUCGCGAUACGUCAGUUGAAUAUAGAAUUUUAAAUUUUAUAACUGUGUUUACGACUAUUAGUGAGUAUGUAUUGUGUAAAACUUGCGGUGAGCCAGUAAAAUUUGAAACAGCAUCAGAACAUGGACUUGGUUUUAAAAUUUCACUGAAAUCCACUAAUGAGAGUUUAUUUUUACUUGAGUCCCUUAAUGACCAGAUGGUACACUUUCCUAUGUCUGCAAUUAAGUAG